CAUAAAUGUUGAAUUGACGUGAGCUUCCAUAUUUGUUUAUACCUACUUUUAAACAAAUUUACAAUUUUGAAAUAUUUUAUUUAAAAUGGAUAAAGCCAAUCUUGCAAGUGGCGAUACUAAAGAAUGUAGCUUACACACAUCACCUAGAAUAUCGGGAGAAGGAAUUCAUACAUCUACAGUCGAAGAUGUGAACAACAAACAGAUGAGUCGUAAUGAAAUAACUCCAAAGGACAUAGAUGAUAAUGAAACAAAUUUGAAAGAACGAAUAGCACAAUGUAGAAGUUUAAUUGAAUCUUUAAAGCAAGAGCUUAGCGAAGAAAAGUCCAAAUUAGAAAAUGAAAGUAAGCCGACGCAGGCAGAAAUAUCUAGGAUGAACCCUGGUACAUCAGAUGAUGAUAAGCUAAAUACGAAUAUAUAUCGAGAGAAGACAAACUCGAGGGAUACAGUUCUUGAACUAAAUUCAUAUUCUCCUUGUAUGAACAGCAGAUUGAAUUGCGACGAAAACUUGAUUGAAUAUGAAAAGCAACUUCAGCGUUAUCAAAACACUUUAAAUAUGGCUCAGAUAGAAAAGAAAAACGCUAUACGAAAACAAAUGCUUUCAAAAGCUUUCAAUCUAAAACUUCUUGAAGUUGAGAACCAAUGUAACAUAGAGUUACUUCGUGUAAAACAAAGUCUUCAAUGUUUGAAACCAUUACAGAUGAUUGCGAAUAAAUGGAAAACUCAUACUGAUGAACCGUACGAUUUGAACAAUUAUGAAUUGAUUCCAAGAUAUCCAGAAAUUAAUUCUGACGCAUUCAGUGACUUUAAUAAAACAGCUGCUGCUUUGGAUAAUAAAAUUACCGAUGACAAAUUUGAAAAUCGUUUAGAACGUACUGAUUAA